AUGGCACCAUCCGGCAAUUAUCACGAUUCCACUCGAGCAUUGCACGCCGACGAUCCUCUAAACCGAGUGACCGAUGUUGCUCCCCCCAUUCAUCUUUCCACCACAUUCAGAUAUCCUCAUGAGCCGGAGAAUCUAUUACCGUCCGAGGACCCUGUCGAAGAGUUCGAUGGCCACAACUAUGUGUACUCUCGGGAAUUCGCGCCCAAUGCAUCCCGCCUGGAGGCUGUCCUAUCGUCCCUCCUGAACGGUCGCGCAAUUAGCUACGCUACCGGCUUAGCCGCUCUCCAAGCGGCCUUGAUCCUGCUCAACCCGCGCCGCAUCGCCGUCGGCGAAGGCUACCAUGGCUCUCACGAAGUCAUUUCCGUGAUUUCCCGUCUGUCAGGACUACAGAAGCUUCCUCUCGACUGUCCCGCGGAGAGCCUGGAGGCCGGCGACGUCGUCCUCCUCGAGACACCCGUCAACCCGCUGGGAACGGCCUUUAGCAUUGAGGCCUACGCACAGAAGGCCCACAGCCGAGGCGCUUACCUUAUUGUCGACAGCACCUUUGCUCCUCCAGGCCUGCAGGACCCGUUCCUGUGGGGUGCGGAUCUCGUCGUGCACUCCGGGUCCAAGUAUUUCGGCGGCCAUAGCGACCUCCUUUGUGGCGUGCUGGCGACCCAGCGCAAGGACUGGGAGAAGCAGCUGUUCGCGGACCGGCUCGCGCUUGGGAACGUCCUGGGGAACCUGGAGAGCUGGUUGUGUCUGCGCAGUCUGCGGACACUGGAGCUCCGUGUGCAGCGUGCCAGUCAGAGCUGCGGUCGGCUGGUGGCGUGGCUGCAUCAGGCGAUGAAUACCCCCAACCCUGGGGCGGGUAGCGAGGAGUCCGUCGUGCAGUCGGUCUUGCAGAAGAUCUACCAUGCCAGUCUCCAGGCGGAACCUUGGCUGCAGAAGCAGAUGCCGAAUGGGUUUGGUCCGGUGUUCUCAAUUGUCUUGCAGCGCGAAGAGUUUGCUUGCGUGUUGCCGAGUAAGCUGGGGUUGUUCCAGCAUGCAACGAGUCUGGGGGGUGUGGAGUCACUGAUUGAGUGGCGGGCUUUGUCCGAUAGUAGGGUGGACCGGAGACUAUUGAGAAUUAGUGUUGGACUGGAGAAUUGGGAAGAUUUGAAGAAUGAUCUACUGCGGGCUUUUAAGGCUGUGCAGGAGGGGGCUUGA